AUGGAAAAACUCUCGUACCAACACCGUGGGCGCGCGCAGCGCGCCCACGACCACCGGCGCCGAGCGCGCAACGCCGUGGCCACCGUGGCGCUGGUCGUCGCGCUGUGGGUCUGGUUUGCCGGCCACAGGGCAUCGCAACUCGCCAAACUGUCGUGCUCGCGCGACCUGCCCGCGUCCUCGCACCCGUUCAACCUCACGAUCGUGGACUUCAACCGUAACGCCGGCGCCACGCCCACCUCCGCUCCCGACGACUCGUACUACCGGCAGCGCAUCCAGCUGAAGCCGUUGAUCGCAAACACCGUGCCACGUGACUCGUUCGAGGCGUGGCUCCACGAACAGGCGCACGUCAGUUUCCAGCGAGUGCUGGCCAACAUCGGCGACGCAAACCUCAAUUCGCUUCACCACGCGCAACAUGUGGCUCAGGGCGCCGUGAUCGCGUCGCCCUCCAAGAAAAACCCAGACUACUUCUACCACUGGAUCAGAGACGGCGCCAUCACCGUCAACACCGUCGUCAACAACCUGCGCGACACCGACAACGGCGACGUGCUCAAUGCCACGCUCGUGGGCACCGUGCUCAAAUAUCUCAACAACUCGUACAUUUUGCAACGCACCGACAACCCCUCCGGCUCGCUCGCCCACAACCUCACGGGCCUCGGCGAGCCCAAAUGGAUGGUCGACAACAGCGUGUUCACCGACAACUGGGGCCGGCCUCAAAACGACGGGCCCGCACUCCGGGUUAUCACCACCUUCAAUUUUUUGCAAAUGCUUCAACACGUCGGCGUGACGCUUUCCGACGCAAUCGCCCACUGCGAAAAAGCCACAGGCGAGGCCCUGCAUCUGGUCUUUGACAAUGAGGAAGCGUUGUACCGUGGCAUCACGCACUUGGACCUCCAGUACAUCUUGCAGAACUGGGACCAGCAGACGUUUGAUCUGUGGGAAGAGGUCAACUCCAGGCAUUUCUUCAACGUUUUGUGUCAUUUGAAAGCCACCCGCCUGGGUUGGAACUAUCUGGCCAAAGUUCAACCCGAGCUUGACGACGCAGAAAACCCGUUUGCCAAAUUGUUGGAGCACAAGUUCCACGAAAUGCUGAACUUCCUGUUCGUGGAGGGCGGGUUCCUGAAUCCCAAUAAAAACCACAUCAUUGAGACUCCCUCGAUCCUGGGCCAGAGGUCCGGGCUCGACAUCGCGGCGUUGCUCGCGGCCACUUUGACCCACGACAGCCACCUGGACUCACACCUGGACCUGGGCGUGCCCUUUGACGUGGACGACACCGCCAUCUUGAACACCUUGCAUGGGCUCGUCAAGCAAAUGCGCAUUCUGUACCCUGUGAACCACCAACGCGUAAACUUGAAUAUGGGCGUGGCCUUGGGCCGGUACCCUGAAGACCGCUACGACGGCAAUGGCCUCUCGGAGGGCAACCCGUGGUUCCUGGCCACGUCUGCUGCAGCUGAGGUCCUUUACAAAGUCAUAAACCACUACUACCUCUUGGAGAAGGACUUGAUGAUCUCGAUGGACGGGUGGGACUCGGAAUUCUGGAGCCUGUUUUUUGAGAACAUCGACCUGCCCCCACAUAACCAGAACCGCUGGCAAUUGGUCAUCCCCUUCAAUUCACCCGCGUUCACGCAAACCAUGCAAUCCUUGCUCAGCUUCGGAGACUCGUUUUUGGACAAAGUCCGUGAGCACGUAAGCGACGACGGCGAGAUGAGCGAGCAAUUCAACAAGUAUAGCGGCUUCUUGCAAGGCGCCAGACACUUGACCUGGUCGUACGGCGCGUUUUGGAACAGCUACAGAUGGAGAACUGAAGUUCUCAGGAGAAUGGAUGCCACAACGUACUAG